AUGAAAAGCUCCUCUGAGCCAAAUGAAGACAGCUCUGACGAGGAGUUGCUCGUGGCACCUCCUUUUACGACUAUAGGGCUGUCCAUACCACCCAUAUCAUGGCUGAAUAGGCAGUUGGAGAAGGACGGCGAUAGACCUAGCACGGGGGGCAAAGAACACAACUCGAAGGGUGAACAACCGCAUGAAACCAGAGAGGCUCUGGGCCUGGAUAGUCCCUGUUCUGCGGAUACCUUCCGUCAGACUCCCAGCGGGAAUAAACAAACCGCCCGGUAA